UGGCCAGGAGCAGAGAUUUGAAUUUGAUGCAAGCUGCUAUGGGAGUCCAGUGCAACCAGACAAAGAGAAGAGUGGCGUGCGCCCUCUUCAGCUCAUUAAAGACCAUUCCUGCCGCAACAUUCUGUAUCAUCUGUAGAUGUUUGGUUGUGCAGGCUGAGAGUCCGGCCAAUAACACAUAGCAAUUUUUUAAGUCUAGACAGGACAAGAGCCUGGAUAACCCUGCUGAAAAAACCAGCAUCAAACCAGCAUGGACCAGCAUGGGAAUUAUGCUGGUCUAUGCUGGUUUAGCUGGUGGUCAUAGCAUACCAGCACCAAAACACAACAUAUGCUGGUAUGACCAGCAUGGGAUGCUGGUGCUAAUGCUGGUUUAGCUGGUGCUAAUGCUGGUUUGUUGCUGGUUUAGCUGGUGCUAAUGCUGGUGCUGAUGCUGGUUUGAUGCUGGUUUAGCUGGUGUUCACUAGCAAACCAGCACCAAAACACAACAUAUGCUGGUCUUGCUGGUAUGCUGGUUUUUUCAGCAGGGUAGGACUGGUGUAGCAGGCUCAGAUAGGAAAGGUCUAAUUGUCCUAGUGUAAAGGAUGAAUCUACAGGUGCGGGUGGUGGUGCAACAUUGUCCAUGAAGCAAAGUUGAUCAUCCAUUACCACUUACAGGUUUCUGGCUGUCCUGGAAGGCAUAAUGGUUGAAAAACCUAGUUGAAUGAAAAGGUUGUGAUGAAUCUUAGGGUAAGUCAAUAUUACAAGCUGUUCUCUCUUUGCCAGGUUUAGCCAAUGGGGUAAUGGUGAUAUGGUCAGCAGCCACAUAGUGAUGGGGACACUAUACUGUCAUAAAGCACUUUCCUUCAGAUGAGACGUUAAACCAAGGUCCUGACUCCCAGUGGUUGUUAAAUAUCCCAGGAUGUCUUUCGAAAAAGAGUAGGGAUGUAUCCUGGCCAAACUUGCCCAUUGGCCUACUAAUCAUCCCCUUGUAAACCAAUUGGCUAUAUCACUCUGUCUCCUCUCCACUAAUAAGCUGGUGUGUGGUGGGUGUUUUGGUGCAAUAUGGCUGCCGUCGCAUCAUCCAGGUGGUGGUGGUUUAGAAGAAUCCCCCCUUUCAUUUGCAAAGCGCUUUGAGUGCUGCAGAAAAGCGCUUAAUGUAACAAAUUAUUAAAAAAAUUAAAUAGCUGCAGAUGGUGAUCCUUCAUCCAGAUGAGUGGGAUGGCAUGCUGAGACAUGCUGAGAUGUGGGCAGAAAAUGUUGUAUCAUAAGGCUGGAUAUGAUUUGAUUGGCCAUCGCAUCAUUUUGACUUUAAAGUGCGCUUUUAGACUGCUGAUUGAAGCAGCCAGAUAGAGAUAUGCAUUGUAUAGUAUGCAGUUAGGCCUAUAAGGCAGUUUUUUCAUGACUGUUAUUACACACCACAGGGAUCUCAGUGGUGGGCACAGCCCAACAAUGCUGCCAUUUUCUUUUGUUAAGACAAUUGUUAGCAUUGGUUUAAAUUCACCUGGUUUCCAGGAAACACCCUACUUUAGAUGGUUAAAGGGAUGGGACUUGGAAAAGUUGUGGGAGGUAUUGUGUCUAUGUUUAGGUUUUUUUCAUUCCAGCUUGCAUGAAGGAAGCCGUUUGUGCAUUAUAAACAAAGAUGUGUGAAAGAACCUGUCAGUCAAACAGGUGAACUCUGGUUGUAACAGCCAAAGCAAUGAUGUCUUAUUUGGUUUUGAUGAAUCUCUUUCUAAUGUUCUCUUGGCUGAAGGAAGUGACAGAUGCCUCUCUGACAAAACCCAGCCUUCCGGAAUUCACGGCUCCAGGAGACAUCAUCAUCGGAGGGCUUUUUCCCAUCCAUGAGGCGGUGAAGGACAACAUGAACUUAUACAGCAUCUCACCACCCCAGCGUUCUAACUGCAGCGGAUUUUACACAAGAGGUCUAACUCGGGCCCUAGCUAUGAUUCAUGCUGUGGAAGUGGCAAACAGAUCCCCUAUGCUGACUGAUUUGAACAUUACUCUUGGAUACCGCAUUCAAGACACAUGUUAUGAUGUUACCACUGCACUUUGGGCCACCCAGGAUUUUACACGGUCAUCCUCAGCCUGUGAUGUAGCGCCAAACUCUUCUCUAGAUGCCAAACCCACCAUGGCAAUAAUUGGGGCCUCUUCCUCUGAAAUCUCCAUUGCAAUUGCCAGGGAACUUAACCUUCUACUAAUUCCACAGAUUAGUUCCUCAUCGACGGCCAUCAUUCUGAGUGACAAAAUUCGUUUUCCUGCUUUCAUGAGGACUGUCCCCAGUGAUGAGCACCAGACCAGGGCCAUGGUCAAACUGUUAAAGGACAGGAAAUGGAACUGGGUUGGAAUUAUUAUUACAGACGGAGACUACGGGCGUUCUGCUAUGGAAAGCUUUGUUGCCCAGGCCGCACAGGAGGGAAUUUGCGUUGCCUUCAAGCAAAUCCUACCCGACUCACUUGCGGAUAAACAAAAACUUAACACCUCGAUCAACCAGAUGGUGAACACCAUUGUCAAUAACCCUAAAGUUAAAGUGGUGGUCUCCUUUGCUAAAUCUUCUCAAAUGAAAGACUUAUUCAAGGGUUUGUAUGGUAAAGUUUUUGAUAGGAGGGUGUGGGUGGCCAGCGAUAACUGGUCGACUGCUACAAAUAUUCUUGAAGAAGUGAAUCUCACAGAUAUUGGAGAUGUACUUGGGUUUACCUUCAAGAGUGGGAAUGUAACAUCGAUCAAACAGUUCCUUAAGGAUUUACAGUUUGAGGAUGAAGAAAAUCUGAAUACAUUUCUAAAGGAGUAUUUAGAAAAUUUGGAUGUAGGAAAUAUUACAGUGGCGGUACAGAAACUCCUAGAAAAUACUUAUCCGGAGAUGGUCUUUAGCAUUCAGCUGGCUGUCAGUGUUGUUGCAAAAGCUGUGGCUGAACUAUGUGGGAAACGCCAAUGCAAGAAUUCAACAAAAAUCUAUCCAUGGCAGCUCCUUGAACAGAUGAAAAACAUCACUAUUGAGAUGGAGGGGGCAAAUUACAAGUUCAGUACAAGCGGCGACAUUGAUUUGGGAUAUGAUGUCAUCUUAUGGCAAGAAGAUGAAUUGAAUAAAACUGUCAAAAUUGCUGAAUACGAUAUAAUCACUGGCAAUUUCACCUAUAUACGCCAGAAUCUAAGUGUUUUUAAGAAUGUGAUAUCAAAAUGCUCAAACAGCUGUCAGCCAGGGGAGUUUAAGAAGACAGCCGAAGGUCAGCACACUUGUUGUUACGAAUGCAUCAAUUGCUCAGAAAACUAUUACUCCAACAACACAGAUAUGGUCCAGUGCUACUCAUGUGAAACAGACGAGUGGUCAGACUCUGGGAGCUUCAAAUGUUACCCCAAGACUUAUGUGUACUUUGAGUGGAAUAAUGGGUUAGCUAUAGUGCUCUUAACCUUGGCUGCUUUGGGCGUCUUGAUCUCUGCACUCUUCAUCUAUCAGAGGAACUCUCCUGUGGUAAAGGCAGCAGGUGGACCUCUCUGUCAUCUGAUCCUUGUUUCCCUUCUGGGAAGUUUCGUCAGCGUUGUCUUCUUUGUGGGUGAACCGUGCAACAUGACAUGUAAGGUGAGGCAGGUGGUCUUCGGCCUGAGUUUCACGCUCUGUGUCUCAUGCAUUUUGGUCAAGUCUUUGAAGAUCCUUCUGGCUUUUCAGAUGAACUUGGAGUUAAAGGAGCAUCUGACCAGUCUUUACAAGCCAUACAUGAUCAUUUGCAUCUGCACGGGGGUGCAGGUCAUCAUUUGCACCAUUUGGCUGAUCUUGCACAGCCCUUAUAAAGACAAGGUGUCUAACCCCAAAGUCAUUCUGAUAAAGUGUAACGAGGGAUCAGACGUGGCAUUUGGGGUCAUGCUGGCAUACAUCAUUUUAUUGGCGCUAGUGUGUUUCAGUUUCGCUUACAAAGGCAGGAAACUUCCGCAGAAAUACAACGAAGCAAAGUUCAUUACGUUCGGUAUGCUCAUUUAUCUCAUGGCCUGUGUUAUUUUUAUACCUGUGCACAUUACCACAAGUGGCAAAUACUUACCAGCUGUGGAGAUGGUGGUUAUUCUUAUAUCCAACUAUGGAAUAUUGAGCUGCCACUUCUUUCCGAAAUGUUACAUAAUCAUUUUUAAAAAAGAGCACAAUACCAGAGAUGCUUUUCUAAAGAACAUUAAUGAAUAUUGUACCAGAAGUGUUAAGAACAUAAAAAAGGGUUUGAGUGAAUCAGUCUAUACCAUAUCUAAUCCUCAACUUGUAGCUGCUGAGAAUGCACCUAAUGUUUCUGCACAAAAAUAAAAACAAACAGUGACUUAAAUGUAUGCCAGAAAUUAAAGAUUGGCAGUCCACCAUCAGAUUUAAGAUAUGAGAUAUUGGCAUCUUUAGAUCAAGAAAAGACUAUCAAUUCACAAUGAAGUUUUUGAAGCUGUAUUAAUUUAAAUCAUUCUUACCCUGCAUGUGAAAUCCAGGCUAAAGUCUCAUAAUCCAAAUAUGAGAUUAGAUAUCCAUCAGAUUUCACCUUUCAAUCUUUGACAUAGCUUUACUCAGUCAAUAUUAAAGAUAUAUUUUCUCAGAAUGUUCAUAUGUACGAAGAUUUAGUAAACAGCAUAUCACAAAAAUGAGUAUAAUAUAGUUUAUUACAGAGUAAUGUUUACAAAUGUGUAAAUAGUAAACAGAGUGCAUCUCUUUAUAUCGUCUUUAGAUCAAAAGAGAAAAGUAAUUUUACUCACUAGACGUUUUUAAAAUAUUUCUUGUACUGGCAGUCAGGAAUAAAAAAUUAGUUCACUAACAUAUAUAAAGUUCAACAGAAAAAUCUACAACAAAGAAAAUAUAAUGUUUCCCUCUUAGACCUCUGAUUCCUCUUUCCUUUGUGAGUUCAGGAUCAUAUGGGCGGGUAACACCUGAGCCACCGAAUGGCCCCAUUCAGGUUGCAGCAGCAUUUGAAAGGUUUUUUUUUUUUGAAAAUAUCAAGAUUUACAAACAAACAUGCCUGCAUAUAAUGUGUUUCUUCAGAAUAGGAUACAGAAAGAUAUAGCCUAAGGGAGCAACUAAUAAAUUAAUCUUCCCUGUUUGUCAUAAUUUGCCAUUGGUUGCAUAUUAUGCUUUUUCUUAUUAGAAAUGUGACCAUUUUCCUUUACAUCUCGUAAAUUUUUGGGAAUUUGAAAGACUAUAACAGUGGCGUAGCCUGAAUUUUUAUGUUGAUUGGCAUCUUAAAUGAGUGUGCCAAUCUAUAUUAAAUGUAGGAUAACGUCUGUAUUAAAUGUGCACAUUUUAAAGUGUUCGUGUGGACUGC